GAGGCAAGUGAUAACAUAUCGAGAGAAAAAACAUUCGCGGUUUGUUUACUUCGACAAUUUUUACUCCCAUUUAGGAGUACUAGCGGCAUUUUUUCCCGGUGAUCAAUUUCUAUCGCCAGCAAAUGUAAUCGUAAAAUUUCAUCGUCAAUUCUUCUUCAGAAUUUGAGAAAAAAAAGUUGCAAUGUCUCGUUUAGUGGCUUCUUCUCAUUUACACAAAUCCAAAACUCUCGACAACAAAUAUAUGCUUGGAGAUGAAAUUGGGAAAGGAGCUUAUGGUCGAGUAUACAAGGGUUUGGACUUGGAGAAUGGAGAUUUCGUCGCAAUUAAACAGGUUUCGUUGGAGAAUAUUGGUCAGGAGAGCCUCAACAUUAUCAUGCAAGAAAUCGAUCUUCUCAAGAAUCUUAAUCACAAAAAUAUUGUAAAAUAUCUUGGAUCCCUCAAGACAAAGAGUCACCUUCAUAUCAUACUUGAAUAUGUGGAGAAUGGAUCACUUGCAAAUAUUAUUAAGCCAAACAAUUUUGGGCCAUUUCCCGAACAACUAGUUGCUCAUUACAUUGCUCAGGUUUUACAAGGCCUUGUUUACCUUCAUGAACAAGGAGUUAUUCAUUGUGACAUCAAGGGUGCCAAUAUUUUAAUAACUAAAGAGGGAUUGGUCAAACUUGCUGAUUUUGGGGUGGCCACUAAGCUAACCGAGGCAGAUGUCAAUACUCAAUCUGUUGUAGGAACGCCAUACUGGAUAGCUCCCGAGGUAAUUGAAUUGUCAGGAGUUUGUGCUGCAUCAGACAUUUGGAGUGUUGGUUGUACAGUUAUUGAACUUCUCACGUGUGUACCACCUUAUUACGACCUGCUGCCUAUGACUGCUCUGUUCCGUAUUGUUCAGGAUGAACAUCCUCCAAUUCCAGAUGGUUUAUCUGCUGAUAUGACAGAUUUUUUGCGAUUAUGUUUUAAGAAGGAUGCCAGACAGAGGCCUGAUGCCAAUAUGCUGCUUUCUCAUCCCUGGAUUCAAAAUUACAGGCGUAUUUUACAGCCAUCUCUUCCUUCUAGUGAUGCAAUAAGGAACAUAGGGGAAGAUGUUUUGAUAGAAGCAGAAUUGUCUACUGGAGAUGAAAAUGGUGGAGUGGAAAGCCAAUCUGUAGGUGAAGUAGCCAGAAGAGAGACAUUACUGCCGAAUGAUGAUGAUGCCAGUAAGGCUGACAAUGACUUAGGGCAUAAUUGUAAUCUUUCUGAGGAAAGGGCUGGAUAUUCUGGAGAUUUGCUGGCAGACCAAGCUACAACGCUAGCUAUUCACGAGAAACCUCCUGCUGAAUCAUCCUUUUUUAUGCUUUCUUCUCAGACGCAAGGUUCUAGAUCAGGGAAGCUUAGUGAGCAAGAGCAUAAGAGUGAACAUGAAGAAGUGUUGGCAAAUGGCGACCUGGCAUCACCCAAAUCUAAGAGAAAGGAUGCUCUAUCUGGAACAGGUGAUGGAAAAGAGGAUGCUGUACAUAAAAUGAAUAAUUUAUUCAGUUUUGGAACAAGAAAUCAAGACAAGAAUCUUCUGAAGGUUGCAAAAAAGGAAAUGGGAAAUGAGCUAAGUAAAUUCAGUGACUCGCCUGGGGAUGCAUGUUUAGAGGAUUUAUUUCGUCCACUGAAUAAAAACACGGAAGACCGCUCAGUUGAUACUUCUGCUUCUACUUCCGCGUCUUGUGCUAACCCAAGGAAUGCUGCACCCAUGUCUGGUGAGAAUGGCUUGGCGGCAAUGUUAAGGGCUGCUAUUGCCAAAAAACAGAUGGAGAUCGAAGCGGGGCAGACAAAUGGAGGUAACUUACUCCGUAUCAUGAUACGUGCAUUGAAGGAAGAUGUGAUUGAUAUAGACAGCAGUCUGGUUUUCAAUGACAACAUGCCUGGAGAAAACCUUUUUCCACUUCAAGCUGUUGAGUACAGCAGGUUAGUUUCAUUAUUAAGGCCUGAGGAACCAGAGGAUGUGAUUGUUAAUGCAUGCCAGAAGCUUAUUCCCUUCUUUAAUCAGCGUUGUGAGCAGAAAAUUGUUUUUGUCCAGCAGCAUGGGCUACUUCCUCUUAUGGAGUUGCUUGAAGUUCCCAGACCUCGCGUUAUAUGCUCUGUCCUCCAAUUAAUUAAUACGAUAAUUAAGGAUAACACCGAUUUCCAGGAAAAUGCUUGUCAUGUUGGCCUGAUCCCUGUCGUGAUGGGUUUUGCUGUUCCUGAUCGUUCUCGGGAAGUUCGCAUGGAAGCAGCAUAUUUCCUGCAGCAGCUUUGCCAAUCCAGCUCUUUGACCUUGCAAAUGUUCAUUGCUUGCCGUGGAAUACCAGUUCUAGUGGGCUUUCUGGAGGCUGAUUAUGCCAAAUACAGGGAAAUGGUUCAUCUAGCUAUCAAUGGCAUGUGGCAGGUUCUCAAACUUCAGAGAUCAACACCAAGAAAUGACUUCUGCCGGAUUGCUGCCAAAAAUGGAAUGUUACUUAGGCUUAUCAAUACGCUUCAUAGCUUGAAUGAAGCAACUCGACUUGCUUCCAUAUCUGGUGAUAAUGGAUUAGCUGUAGAUGGUUCAGUUCAACGACCGCAUUCAGGUCAACAUGACCCGCACCAUCCAGUUUUUACUUCUAGUGAAGUGACUCAUACUGGAUUGGAACAGGUUGAUCUUAGAGGCAGACACAGUGCAACUGAACAUUCCUCAUCUACAGUUAAUGCGGAUAAACCUCAGUCAAGUCGUGCAACUGUUGAAUCCUCAACUUCUAGAUCGACUGACGCUACUGAUAAACAUGUUAAUGUGGUUAAGGAGGCCACUCGAUUUGAACUGGAUCUAAGACAGCAGCGGGUUGCUGGUUCUUCCAGUAGAACUUCAACAGAUCGGUCCCCUAAAUUAGAAGGUGGUUCAAAUGGACAUCCUUAUGCUGCUUUUUCUCAACCAGAACAUGUCCGUCCUCUUCUUAGCUUGCUUGAAAAGGAACCUCCUUCUCGAUUUAUCGCGGGUCAGUUAGAUUUGUAUCAGUUAUCAGGCAUUGAGAGACAUGAAAGCAUAGUGCCUUUGUUGCAUGCAUCUAAUGAAAAGAAGGCAUAUGGUGAUUUUGAUUUUCAGUUGGAGGAAUUCACAGAGGUCUCAGGACGUGGUAGGGAAAAUGGAAAUGAAACCCCGAGAAAAUCAAAUACAACUGCAAUUAAGAUGCCGCUUACAUCAGUAUCUUCUAAUGAUGGAGCUGCUUCUACGUUUGGUCUUGCAUCGCAGAGGGCAUCUGGUGUACUCUCAGGUUCAGGUGUUUUGAAUGCGAGGCCUGAGAGUGCAGCAUCAUCUGGUUUACUCUCUCAUAUGGUGUCUACAACGAAUGCUGAUGUCUCUAAGGAGUAUCUUGAGAAGGUGGCAGAGCUCCUUCUUGAGUUUUCCCAAGCAGACUCCAUAGUGAAGUCAUACAUGUGUAAUCCAAGCUUGCUUACUCGACUUUUCCAUAUGUUUAACCGGGUCGAACCCCCUACCCUUUUGAAGCUACUGAAGUGUAUCAACCAUUUAUCCACUGAUCCCAACUGUCUGGAGAAUCUUCAGAGGGCGGAAGCCAUCAAGCAUCUUAUCCCGAACCUGGUGCUGAAGGAAGGACCUUUUAUUUCCCAAAUUCAUCAUGAGGUCCUCAAUGCUCUGUUUAAUCUCUGCAAAAUAAAUAAGAGAAGGCAGGAGCAAGCUGCUGAAAAUGGAAUUAUCCCACACUUGAUGAAUUUCAUCUUGUUGGAGUCUCCUUUGAAACAGUAUGCAUUAACUUUGUUGUGUGAUAUCGCGCAUGCCUCACGUAAUUCGAGAGAACAACUAAGGGCUCAUGGUGGAUUGGAUGUAUAUUUAAACCUACUUGAUGAUGAGCUUUGGUCCGUGACAGCCCUAGAUUCUAUUGCAGUUUGCUUGGCACAUGACAACGACAAUAGGAAAGUUGAACAAGCUCUAUUGAAGAGGGAUGCAGUUCAGAAGUUGGUCAAAUUUUUCCAAAACUGCCCAGAACAACAUUUUGUUCACAUCUUGGAGCCUUUUUUGAAAAUAAUUACGAAAUCACCCCGGAUAAACACAACAUUAGCUGUCAAUGGCUUGACACCAUUGCUUGUUGCAAAGCUAGAUCACCAGGAUGCUAUAGCUCGUUUAAAUUUGCUCAAGAUAAUCAAGGCUGUUUAUGAGCAUCAUCCCCGACCAAAACAAUUGAUCGUGAAAAAUGAUCUUCCCCAGAAGCUCCAAAAUUUGAUCGAGGAGCGAAGAGAUGGGCAGAGAUCGGGUGGCGGUGGCCAAGUCUUGGUUAAGCAGAUGGCUACUUCAUUACUUAAGGCACUCCAUAUUAACACAGUUUUGUAAAUUAGUUAUCUAUAGCUAUCUUUCUUUAACCUUUAUAUUCACUUUUUUAGGUUAUUUGUGUAAUUAUCACUGGGCUUGUUGAGUUCUCUGAUCAAGUGUCAAAUAUGUGAAAAUCGAAAGAUGUUCUGUGGAUUUCUUCCAAAAAUAUCUGAAUUCACAUCUGUUACCAAAUUUAUAUCCCCUUCUUUUAGGGUUUUUAUCCCAA